CGCCAACAAUCUUCGCCCAGGUCUCUUCGGCACAGAGUCUUUGCUCAGUCGCGUCCACCAUGGUCGCACAGCUCAAGACAAAGCGCAAGGCAAAGGCCCCUCUGCAGGAUGCGCGCAAGAAGACCAAGACUCGGCAUCUUUCUGCUGGUGACCUGCCCUGGAAGACCGUAUCUAAAGCGCACGAAGCGGGCCUGGACGCAGGUCUCGAGGGCAUCAUGGAACUAGAGGAGGUGGAAGGCGUCGAGGUAGUUUACGAAGAGACGGAUGCCGGUAGGAUCAUCAAGUUUAAUAUUACUGAGGACGAACCGACGAAGAAAGGCGCGAAGAAGACCGCACAACCGCACAAUGUGGAGACCAAGGCAGGCCCCUCCAGAGCAUCUGUUGAGCCCACUGUCACGGAAGAGCGUCCUGAGGAGCGGCCUUUCGAUGUCAAAGCGCUUCUGCCCGCCUGGCAUCAAUUCUCCCUUCACCCUCAACUCAAUCGCGUUCUAUAUGCUCAGAGAUUUCUGAUCCCCACGCCUAUUCAAGCCAAGGCUAUUCCUAUCGCUACCAAAGGCAAGGAUGUUGUCGGUAUCGCCGAAACUGGCUCUGGUAAAACGCUUGCUUACGGGCUGCCAAUAUUGCAUUACAUCCUCACCCAAGCCAAGGUGGAGCCUCCGGCGCAGAGGCAACGACGUCCUAUGCGCGCGUUGAUACUUGCACCCACUCGCGAACUUGCUCUGCAAGUGUCGUCUCAUCUCAACGCCUGUCUCAACAAUGUGGAUGUCUUUUCAGUCAAAAUGAAACGAGAGGAGGAAGAGCCAGAUCUGGGGUCUCGGUUGAAGAGCAAGGGCAAGUCGAAAGCAAAGUUGGACAGCGAGGGGUUGUCAAAAGCGAGGUCUCCCCCGCUUGUGAGUGUCGCCGCAAUUGUCGGGGGCAUGUCUGCGCAGAAGCAACGUCGUAUUCUCGAUCGUGGCGUGGACGUCCUCGUGGCUACGCCUGGCCGUCUUUGGGAUAUCAUGCAGGAAGACGAGGAUCUAGCCUAUGAUAUCAAACAUCUCAGGUUCUUGGUCCUUGACGAGGCUGAUCGCAUGAUCGAGAACGGACACUUCGCUGAGCUGGACAAUAUCAUUCGCCUUACCUUGAAGCAAUCAGAGGACGAAGCUAUCGAACCCGAAUUUGAGCACGAUGAGGACAGAAACACUGUCGCGAAAGAUUUGGCCGAUGAACAAGGAGAGAUGAAGGAGGAGCUGCAAACUCUUGUCUUCUCUGCUACUCUUAGCAAAGAUCUGCAGCGAAACCUGAAAAAGCGUUCUCGUCCCAGCCGCAAGAGCAGUAAACCUGCGUCAACCCUUGACGACUUGCUUCUGCGCUUGGACUUCCGCGAUCCUAACCCCGAAGUCAUCGACCUCAGCCCAGAAGGUGGAGUUGUCUCUACUCUCAGAGAGAGCAGAAUCGACUGCUUGACGAACGACAAGGAUGCACAUCUAUAUUACUUCCUUCUUCGUUACCCAGGACGUUCUCUUAUCUUCCUCUCGUCCAUCGACGGCAUUCGCCGUCUCAUGCCUCUUAUGGAGCUGCUUCAGCUUAAGGCAUUCCCACUACAUUCCCAGCUGGAGCAGCGACAGCGUUUGAAAAACUUAGACAGGUUCAAGUCUAUGCCAAAUUCUAUACUCCUCGCGACCGAUAUAGCCGCCCGCGGUUUGGAUAUCCCUGCUGUUGACCAUGUUGUCCACUAUCAGAUACCUCGCACCGCAGAUGUCUAUGUUCAUCGGAAUGGUCGAACGGCUCGUGCGAUGCGGGGCGGUUUCAGUCUCCUCAUGAUUGCGCCCGAUGAGCGGCGGAUUGUGCGCGCCCUGCUGGGAAGUUUAGGGCGCCAGGAAGAAGAGAUCCCUGACAUGUCGAUCGAGCUGUAUCUCCUGGACAAACUCAAGGCUCGCAUACAGCUCGCUAGAGAGAUAGAUUCCCUGCAGCACAAGAUUAGGAAGGAGAAGCAUGAGAAAAACUGGCUUAAGGAAGCAGCUGAAGCGAUGGAUAUUGAGCUCGACUCUGGCAUUGGUCUUAGUGAUGAUGAUGUUGGCACUGUGGCUAUGCCUUCCAAGCGCCAACGCAAGACGGCAAAUGCAAAGACGGCCGCCCUGAAGGCGGAGUUGAAGGAACUUCUUGCGCAGCCGUUGGUUGCUCGCGGCGUGUCAACACGAUACAUCACCUCUGGAAGCAGGUCGAUUGUUGACGACAUGAUCAAGGGGAAAUAUCACGAGAAUAUGCUUGGCUUGAAGAAGACCCAGGCCGGCCAGGACAUCAUCUCGCGCAAGCCGCGCGAAGUGGUCAAGAAGGAAGAGUACGAAGAGUGGGGGGGAUUCGACACGUAAUAUUGCUCACAUGUCUUCAGCCACACCUAUCGUGCAGAAUACACCUUUCAGAAUCGCUGAACAGUGUGACUGACUGCCCGACACGGUAUGCAAAUCCCCAUGCUCGGGUGAAUAGCGGGAUUAACGCUCGAUAAGUCCACAUGUUGCUUUUUUACGUCUUUCUCGCCUUCCAUGCCUACCUUUGCCAAGGCUUAUGCGCUUAUGGCCCGCCCCUCCUCCACUGUCCUAUGCUUCGUGGAUGCCGUCGAGCUCUGUGCUUAAAAUGCAGAGAAAAAGUCCAUAAAAUUUGUGGAAUCUUUGCUCCUGCCAAAUAUGGACAGGUCCCGCCAGCAAGGCGUAUGCCACGCCGCCUUGCCGCCCGCAACGUUGCCUCUUUCUCUUCUCAAUUGUUCAGCUUUCUAGUAUAAUUGUCCAUCAUGGUCUCCUUUAGCUCUCCUCCUUCGUCGCCAUUGAUGCCACAACAAGAAGCUCAGUCCGUUCCUUCAACCCGCCCGAGAGCCCUCCGCCUCCCUCACGUCGUCAACAUGAUUGUGAAGUUGCGGCGGUCGAGCGACAAGGCCAAGGCCAAGCAGUUCCCCAUCGAGUCGUCUUCGGGCGAGUCGAGAACAUACCCUGUACUGUGUGGUGAAGGCGUCGUCUCUGCGCGUAGGGUGCCGCUGCGGGACCAACGGCGGUUCCUCUGCCGAGACGGCGUGGAUGUGAAGAGGCUGCUGAGGACCAUGCGGGCAUACCUGCUCGAGGAGGCGCAGAUGAUCGGUGCAACUGUCCUUGUUGACGAACAGUGGACAUGCCUCAUCCACGCUCCUAAGCGUGACGGUGUAUACAAAGUCGAUAUAUGCUACAUUGCGUUGGCUGCGCGCUCUGAGACUGCCGACCCGCAACAGCCCGUUGCUCUGGAGAAUGCCAAGGGCGUUCCCGGCUUAAUGACCGUCGUUGGGUAGAGCAUUCACCUCUCCCUCGUUCUUUCGUUCCUUCUACGGAUAUAAUACUCAAACCAGUUUUCACGGACGAUUUCUCAAAACACCUCGUUCCUUAUUUAUCUACUACCUUCACUGUACCACCUCGCACUCACAACCAACUCCGCUGCACAUGCCAGUCACUUCGGAUAUUCAAGUCCGAAUAGCGUUCCUUUCCGACGGACACCGUUUGUUCUUCUAUCAUACUAUUAAUGCGUAGUCAUGUUUCACAUCUUUGGCUUGGGUUGUGGCUUAUAACCUAGGCGUUGAGAACUCGGAAUCGUAUAAAUGUACUUUUGAUCAGUUGCCCCCUACAUGGCAAUAUCCUCCCGAUAUUCGCACUACAGUUGGUGUUUGCUGCGGUCUUUGGCCUCCCAGUCUGAACCCUCUGGUAAGGUGCAGUUUGUGAGGGUCAAAGCGACACGAAAUGUAGACCAGAUCGGAGAUUAUGCACACAGCUGAAGGUACUGCACCCUGGAAAUCUUCAGGCACGGAAAUAUCUUCGAGACUGCCUGGCACACCCCGUAGCACUACCAUAGUAUUCUCCAUUAUCGCCUCUGGGCUCUGGAGCAGGACGGCAGCGACAUCACACGGGUGACUCGAGCUCCAUGCGACGUACCAUCUUCUGCUUUCUUUUGCCUGCCGCUUUUCAUCUUCAGCUCUAUCUGUGCAAUACUUCUUGCCUACCAGAACUUUGCAGCAAAGUCGCCAUGAGCUCAGGUUGAUCCUGCAGUAAACCAC